UUCUCCUUAGUCCACCUUUCUUCUCCUCUCUCUCUCAUCAGUCAUCUUCUGUAGCACUUUUGUGUGUGCGUGUUUUUGCUGCUUCUCUGCACCCAUUGCCCAAAACAAAAACAAAUAAUCAGAUCAAACCUUAGAUUCUAUUGCUUCACUUUUAUCAGCUGAUCUCUCUCUCUAUCAAAUUCACAAGCAGUGACGUUUUUUUUUUCUUACUAUAAAACUUUCAUUUUCAAUCGUUUUCACAGUUUCAGCUAUCUGGGUCUUGCUAAUUUUAGUUAUUUCUUAAUACCCACUUCAGUUCUUGAAUUUUCAAUUCACACCCAAAAAAAAAAGGUGACACCCAAAAAAAAAAAAGUUUCACCUUUUUUUUGAGUAGUUGCAAAUUGCAAUUUUUGGGGGGGCUAUAUAUGAUCAUUGUAAUCAGUAGUUUUCAGUUUUUUUUCCUAGGGCGUUUGGUGAAUUUUGAAUAGAGCUUGUAUUCAAUGUGAUUGGAAUUGAAUUUUUUUAUAAAUGAAUGGGAGGGUUUUAGAGAUUUUAGGGCUAGUUUUGGAAGUGUCAGACUUUGGUGUCAAUUGAUAGAAUGAAUUCAGAUGCCAACAGAGCUAGUGGACAAGUUGAAAGGGAUAUUGAGCAGGCAAUAACUGCUCUAAAGAAGGGUGCAUACUUGCUCAAGUAUGGAAGAAGGGGGAAGCCAAAGUUUUGUCCCUUUCGGUUGUCAAACGAUGAGUCUGCUUUAAUAUGGUUUUCAGGUAAAGAGGAGAAACACCUGAAGCUAAGUCAUGUGUCAAGAAUAAUAUCUGGGCAGCGCACUCCAAUUUUUCAAAGGUACCCACGACCCGAGAAGGAGUAUCAGUCAUUUUCACUUAUAUACAAUGACAGAUCACUGGAUUUGAUAUGUAAAGAUAAAGAUGAAGCGGAGGUUUGGUUUAGUGGUUUGAAGGCCUUAAUUUCUCGUGGGCACCAGAGAAAAUGGAGAACAGAAUCAAGGAGCGAUGGAAUUUCUUCUGGUGCUACUAGUCCUCGAACAUAUACACGAAGGAGCUCUCCUCUGCAUUCUCCAUUUAGUAGCGGUGACAGCUUGCAGAAGGAUGGUGGUGAUCAGCUUCGGCUUCAUAGUCCAUAUGAAAGCCCUCCUAAAAACGGUCUAGAUAAGGCGUUUUCUGAUGUAAUUUUGUAUGCUGUACCACCCAAAGGGUUUUUCCCUUCAGAUUCUGCUAGUGCUUCUGUUCAUUCCUUGUCUUCUGGAGGUUCAGAUAGCAUGCAUGGUCAGAUGAAGGGAAUAGGGAUGGAUAAUUUUAGAGUAAGCCUUUCAAGUGCA